AUGGAAAUAGAUGACUUGGACGAGGAGAUCCCUACAUGGGUGGUGGAUGAAUAUUGUUUUAAGGAUAUAAAAGAUGAAUAUGAUCAAUUAUAUGUGCAAUUCCUCAAGCAAGAAGAGAAGCUGGUCUCCUUGCGUGGUCAGGUUAACUCAAGUGAAGAAGAGACAAGAGCACUUCAAGUGGACUUGGUGAAGUCCAAGACCCAAAUAUGUGGUCUAGAGGAUGAGAGGAAGACUCUCAAUGAUCAA